UGGACUCUCUACACAGUCGCCGAUAUUUGUACUCUCUCACCCCCCCAUUGUUAAGACAAAAUUAUAGAGGAAGAAGAAGAACCAGUAGAGAGAGAUAGAGUUUCGCAAAUGGGUUUCUCCGCGUUUAUCCUGUCUCUCCUCAUUGUCAUCUCAACAGGGUAUCCUUCUUUAGUUACAUCUAAAAAUGGCGAGCUGAACUCACUUAUGGAUUUAAAACUGAAUCUUGACCCACAUAACCGAUUCCUAACAUCUUGGACGGUUUCCGGCUACCCAUGCGACGGUUCAUUCGAAGGUGUCGCAUGCAAUGAUAUGGGUCAGGUAGCCAACAUUUCCCUACAGGGAAAGGGUCUCACCGGAAAAAUGUCGCCGGCAAUAGCUGGUUUGAAGCAUUUGACCGGUCUAUACCUUCAUUUCAACUCUCUUACUGGAGAAAUACCCAAGGAGUUAUCAAAUCUGACUGAACUUGUGGAUCUAUAUCUCAAUGUCAACAGUUUUUCCGGUCAUAUACCUCCUGAACUUGGAAAUAUGCCUGCCUUACAAGUUUUACAGCUUUGCUAUAACCAAAUCAGUGGAAGUAUACCCACCGAGUUGAGUUCACUCAAGAAACUCAGUGUUCUUGCUCUGCAAUCAAAUCAACUUACGGGAGCAAUUCCUGCUAGCUUGGGGGAUUCGGAAACCUUGAUUAGGCUAGAUUUAAGCUUCAACCAUCUAUUCGGUUCAAUCCCAGCUAAACUAGCGGAAGCUCCAAAUCUUCAGGUUUUUGAUGUUCGAAACAAUACCCUCUCCGGCAAUGUACCUCCUGGUUUAAACAGAUUACUACAAGGAUUUCAAUUCAAGAACAAUCUGGCGUUAUGUGGAGUUGGGUUUCCUUCUCUAAGAUCAUGUAGAGAUUUAGAUCAUACAAAUCUAAUCGAACCCAAAACGGAUAUUCCGGAAACUGCCAACGUGAACUUGAACUGCAGCCAAACAUAUUGUUCAAAGUCGUCCAAAUCCCGGCGUGGUUAUUACGCCGUUGGAAUUAUCUUGGUCAGUAUUGUUUCGACGGUCAUGGGCUUUUUCCUCUUUUCCCAUUACCGACGGAGAAAACAGAAGUUAGGAAGUUCGAUUGAUCAUUUUAGUAAUUCAGUGAAGACGAUGAAUACAACAAUGGUGGAAACAACAACCCAAAGGAGGAAAAAUGGUUCUCCUCUAAUCAAUCUAGAGUAUUCCAACGGUUGGGAUCCAUUGGCUGAUGGGAGAUUAAGUUUACACGUUUUCUCCCAAGAGGCUAUGAAGAGAUAUCGGUUUAAUUUACUGGAGAUUGAAACUGCAACUCAGUAUUUUGCUGAGAAGAAUUUGUUGGGUAAAGGGAAGUUUUCUGCAACUUUUAAGGGCGUUUUGAGAGACGGUUCUGUUGUGGCUAUUAAGAGCAUCACGAAAGCUAGUUGUAGAUCGGAGGAAGCCGAGUUUGCGAACGGGUUGAACCUGAUGACAUCUUUAAGGCACGACAAUUUGGUUCGGUUUAGAGGUUUUUGUUGUUCGCGAGGUCGGGGUGAGUGUUUCUUGAUUUAUGAUUUCAUACAAAAUGGGUCUUUGUUGAGAUAUCUCGAUCUCAAAGCCGACGAUGUUCGGGUUCUUGAAUGGUCUGCCAGAGUUGCCAUUGUUCGAGGGAUCGCUAAAGGAAUUGAGUACCUCCAUACAAAUUCUGUAAACAAACCAAGUCUAGUUCAUCAAAACAUAUCAGCCGAGAAGAUUUUGAUAGACCACCAUACGAAAAAGCCUUUGCUCGCGGAUUUGGGCUUACAUAAACUUCUCACCAACGAUGCGGUCUACUCAUCUCUCAAGGCCAGGGCUGCAAUGGGAUAUCUUGCUCCCGAAUACACAAACACGGGUAGAUUCACUGAGAAAAGCGAUAUCUAUGCUUUUGGGAUUCUAGUGUUUCAGAUCCUUUCUGGAAAGCUUCAACCUGGGGCAUGUUCAAAGAGGCUCCAUGAAUUGAUUGAUGGUAAUCUAUGUGGAAAGUAUUUGGAAAAUGAGGCUGAAAGAAUUGCGGAAAUGGCUUUGAAUUGCACAAGAGAGAAUCCAGAUGAGAGAAUGUCGAUAAAUGAAAUAGUUAAAGAACUCGACAGUUGUUGUUCUUGCUCCUCCUCGGCCGUCUGAACUAGUUUGGGAAUUUGAUUUUGUGGGUUAGAUUUAGAAAUCUAUGAAUUCUCAACCCUAUUGUAGGACUUUGUGAACUUGUUUAAUCUUAAUGUAGAACUCUUUCUUAUGACUCCAAUGCUAGUACUUAGAAGCCACUAACGGUCAAGGUUAGUUUGAUUCUACUUCUUGAUUGGUUUGUGGAAAUCCUUUUUUCUUUAGAUUAUUGUUUUUUUAAAACAUUAACAAUUGAAUCAAUCUAGCAAUA